UUUUUUUAUUUUUCUUAUAUGUUAAAUAAUUCUAAAAAUAAUAAAAAUUUAAAUAAAAUGGAAGAAGUUGAUGGAUUUUGUUAUGGUGGAGAAGUGAUUGGACAUGGAGCUUUUGCGGUGGUUUAUAAAGGCAGACAUAAAGAGACAAACAAAGAAGUAGCAAUAAAAGCAAUUGCAAAGAAGAACUUGUCCAAAGCGAAGAAUUUGCUCACAAAAGAAAUAAAAAUACUUCAGGAAUUGAAAGGUCUUCAACAUGAAAAUUUAGUUUCACUUUUACGAUGUGUGGAGACUCCAACACAUGUUUAUUUGGUUAUGGAAUAUUGCAAUCAUGGAGAUUUGGCUGAGUAUUUAUUUGGGAAACAAACGAUAAAUGAAUUGACUAUUCAACAUUUUUUCUCUCAAAUAGCAAAAGCACUGGAGGCGUUAAACAAAAAAGCAAUUGUACAUAGAGACCUGAAGCCUCAAAAUAUUUUGUUAUGCAAUCCUCGUCAUCCAAACAAACCACAACCUACUCAAUUGAUUGUUAAAUUGGCGGAUUUUGGUUUUGCUCGUUCCCUGCCUGAAGGUAUUAUGGCUGGAACUCUUUGUGGUUCUCCGAUGUAUAUGGCGCCGGAAGUUAUAAUGUCACAGCAAUAUGGAGCUAAAGCUGAUUUGUGGUCUAUUGGAACGAUUAUUUAUCAAUGUUUAACUGGAAAGGCUCCUUUUUUGGCACAAACACCUCAAGCAUUAAAAAAUUAUUAUGUGCGACAUACAGAUUUGAGACCAAAUAUUCCUGACUUUUGUUCUCCUCUUUUGGCUAAUUUACUUUUGGGGUUAUUAAAAAGAAAUCCUGUUGAUCGAAUGGAAUUUGAUGCAUUCUUUACCCAUCCAUUUUUUGUUAAAGAAAUUAAUAUGGAUGCAGGAGGUUCUCCAUCUCGACAUAUUUCUAGACAAUUAUCUUCAGAAAUUAAUUCUUCUCCUGUUCAUUAUCCUAAAACAACAGGCAAAAUUGUUGUAGGCCAACAACAACAGCAGCAAGGAGGUGGAUAUUUUACUGGAAUGAAGCAACGAAUAAUUCCUUCUACAGACAGACAUUUGCCACAAACAACUACAACAACCACAAAAACUACUACUUUUCAACCAAACACAUCAAUACGUAAACAAAUUCCUCCUCCAAAUAAUCAAGACAGACAAGAAUAUUUACAAACAAAGACUACUCAACUAAACGAGUCUGGCGAAUUUACAUUUUUACCUCCAUUGCAAGAAACUCGUCAGUCACAUCAAAAUCUUCAACAUUCUGGAGGCUCUUCUACUUGUUCUUCUGAUAAUCCUGUUAAACAAGUUCAAGUAAGCGCAACGAAUAUACGUCCAAAAAUUUCAUCAAAUGUUCGUGCUGUUCCUGUGCCCAAUCAAAGAAAUGCUUUUGCAAAAAUUGAAGAAAGGAAGAAUGGCAAAAAUAUUAGCAGUAACAACAAUUUGUAUAAUAAUCAGACAACAGAUCAACAACUUAAAAAUAUUAAAAAUGAGAAUGGUUUGUUUAAUAGAGGAGAGAAAAUGGCUGAAUUGAAGGAACAAAAAAUUACAAGAAUUCCUUCUGUUGAGAAAAUUGAAAUUCCACAAAGUUCGUUUUCGAUAAUUUUUUUUCUGGGAACAUUUUGUUUUUUGGGGGGUUUUAACUAUCAAUUAUUAUUAAUAACAGAAUUUUUUCUAGCUCGUUUUAUCGUUUACAAUCAACAACAGCAACAAACCCCAACAACAACAUCAAAACCUUCAACAAUAGAAACUUCAAAAUUUCGUCGAAAUAACACAACUAAUGAAAUUUUACAAGACAACAACAACCAAAUAAAUACAACAAUAAAUUCCCCUUGUUCAAUUCCAAAAUCAGCAACAACAAAUACUUUACCUUUAACAACAACAACACCUUUAAAUAAUCAACAAAAUUUACAAAAUAAUAAUUUAAAAAAUUCAACCAAAUCUCCAAUUCCUCCUCCAAUUAAAGUUAAAGCAUGUAUGAAGGUUGUUAAUGUUGGAAGAAUGUCUGAAAGCGAAGAUGAAGAGGAGGAGGAAGAAGAAGAGGAAGAUGAUGAAUAUAUUCGUGAUCAAGUUCAAUUACCUUUUACUACAACAGAAGAAUUUAUGGACGAAUCAACAAUGAUUGAUGAUGAUGAUGAAGAAGAUAAUAAAAUGGCCAAUAAAAUUAAACCUUCAACAUCUUCCUCGUUUAAUUUAAAUAAAACAAUCACUAAAAAUCAUCAAGAAGAGGAGGAGGAAGAUGAUACUUUAGAGCCUCCACCACCACCCGAAUUAGAACAAGAAACAAUUUUGGAUGAAUGUCAUAAUCAAACAUUGGCAAAAUUACGUUUUGUAUUAGAAUUGAUUGAAACAAUAUGUUCUGUUGCUGAAAAUAAAUCAAAUCCAAUUGCUAUUGCUAUGGAAAGUAGUAAACAUAGAUCGAGACAACCUUCUUCUGAUGCAUAUCGUCGUGCUGAACAAUUAGUUUUGUACAUUCGUGCAUUACAUAUACUUUCAUCUGCUUUGGUUUUUUCACAAAAACAAAGUUUGUAUUUCCAAUUUUUUCAGAUUAAUUUUAAUAAUUUUUUAGUAAAUGCAGAAAAACUACAUCCAUCACCUGCAGUUCAAAAUGUUUUGAAUCAAUUGAACGAAAAAUAUCAUCAUGUAUUUUUUAAAUCCUUUUUUAAUUCAUUUUUGUAUUUUAAGUGUUUGACAAGGUCUCAAAUGCUUGCUUCACAUGGUAUUCCUGGACAGGAUCCGCAAAUGAUGGUUGUUUCUGCUGAACGUUUAAUGUAUCAACACGCGAUUGAAUUGUGUCAAUCUGCUGCUUUGGAUGAACUUUUUGGUAAACCACAGCUUUGUCCAAAGCGUUACCAAAUGGCUUAUAUGAUGUUACAUACUUUGUUAUAUACGGUUCAAGAUGAACAGGACAAAGCAAUUUUACAAAAAUAUAAAAAUGCAGUAGAAAAACGUCUUCGUAUAUUAGAAAAGCAAGGUUUAGUUACUUCUGUAAUUAAUGAUAAAACGAUUUUGAGGGAUUAA